ACACACGCACAAACACGCACUCACGCUCUCAACCAAAAGUGCAUUCAUAUGCUGACACAGAUUCUCACAAACCUAAACUCACACUCCCCGUCAAAAGAUUUCACUGACAUGAGUUCAUCACCGUAUUUCCCAGCACGAUCCGCGCUGUUCCGUAAGGAGGCCAAUGGAGUGACGUACCGUGUCCCUGCCCUGCUCUACCUGUCCCUGUCCAACUCCUUCCUGGCCUUUUGUGAGGAGAGACUCAGCCCCUCAGACGCCCAGGCUCACCUGCUGGUCAUGCGCAAGGGCACAUUCUACAGGAACUAUGUAGAGUGGGAGGACAUGAGUGUUCUGGGUACGGCUCAGUUGGCGGGCCACCGGUCGAUGAACCCGUGUCCUCUGUAUGACGAGUUCACAGGCACCCUCUUCCUGUUCUUCAUCGCUGUGCUGGGCCACACCUCCGAAUCCUACCAGCUGGUGACGGGUAAGAAUGUAACGCGCCUCUGCUUCAUCUCCAGUAACGACCAGGGCAACACCUGGAGCCCUGCCACUGACCUCACCAAGAGGGUCAUAGGAGACACCAUCAAAGACUGGGCAACCUUCGCCCUGGGCCCGGGACACGGCAUCCAGCUCAAGUCAGGCCGUCUGCUGGUGCCAGCGUACGCCUACCACAUCGACUGCAAGGAGUGCUUUGGCCAGAUGUGCCUGACCACACCCCACGCUUUCUGUUUCCAUAGCGACACCCACGGGCGGACGUGGCGUUUUGGGGAGGCGGUGCCAGGGCCAGAGAGCGUGGAGUGCCAGAUGGUGUCUGUGGAUCAGGAGGAUGGCACCAACGUGCUGUACUGUAACGCCCGGAGCCCUCUGGGCUGCAGGGUCCAGGCCCUCAGUCUGGAUGAUGGAGCUGUCUUCCAGGAUGGACAGCUGGUGCAGCGGCUCACAGAGCCACGUAAUGGCUGCCACGGUAGCGUAGUGGGGUUCCCUGCCCCCCUACACCUCAACCUCCGCUCUCGGCCACCCACCCACGCCAGACACUGGACAUCCUUCGAGGCUAAGACUGGUGACUCCUCCCCACCCACCGCCCCUCCCCCUCCCAGCUCCCCACAGAAUUUCCUUACACCCACCUGGGUGGUGUACUCCCACCCGACGUGGACCAACGUGAGGAAGGACCUGGGGGUGUACCUCAGCCUGUUCCCCCGUGACCCGGACAGCUGGUCUGGCCCGUGGGUGAUCUACGAGGGCCCCAGUGCCUACUCUGACCUGGCCUACCUGGAGCUGCCGUCAGCUGGGGCCCCGUCGGCCGUGGCCUUCGCCUGUCUGUUUGAGUGCGGCACCAGCACAGCUUAUGAUGAGAUCUCCUUCAGCAUCUUCACCCUCUACGAGCUCAUUGACAACCUGCCACGCAACACAAAGUCAGGCAGCGACACACAGCUACUCAGCAACACACAGCCACCCAGCAACACACAGCCACCCAGCAACACACAGUCACCCAGCAACACACAGCCACCCAGCAACACACAGCCACCCAGCAACACACAGAGCUUCCACAACACAACACAACCCAAGGAAGAGAGACCAGAGGCGAGGAAGAGGAGGACGAGGAAUAUAUGUGGUCUCUGCAAUGUUUCCUAACUGCUAAUUAACUGUUAAUCCUAGUGUUUUCUGCUCGUUUCCUUCUGAAGCUCAUGAAAAAAGUAUACAACAGCGUCAUAUGUUAAAUGCGGUUCACAGAGUUCUGACGUUUUACGUCUGCUGAUGAAUUUGUUUUGUCUGAUAUCAAGUCCAUCCACGCCUAGUAACCCUCGACUUAAUGCACAUACUGUGUGUUUACAUGUAGUGGUUGUGUCACGAUAAUGCAGAAACAUUGCUGUAGUAGCCACGUUUUAUUGAAUAUUAGCCAGGGGCAGCCUACAGAUGUAGGAUCUUAAUUUGAGCCAGUUUGCUCCUGCUGCAAAAGGAAAUGUGAAUUAUUACGUGUAUUAUAAUGAAUGGAUAUUUUUGUAAGGGUUGAUACAUUUUUCAUAUAGGGAAAAUCAAGUCUGAAAUUACUAAGUGGGAAUGACAAACUAAAUAAUCCUUUUAAACCUAAAAUGCACUGCACAUUUUAAAUGUCGUGCAUUGCAGGAAAGUUAUCCUGCAGCAGGGUGAUCAAAUUAAGAGCCUACAUCUGUAUAACUCUGUUGAAAUGCAUUUUCUGCUGGAUUGUUGUAAUCGACCAAGAACACAAACAUGCUCACAAACAUUACUUUGAAUCAUCCUUUAUUAAUCCAACCAUCCUUUAUUAAACCAACCAUUCUUUAUUAAACCAACCAUUCUUUAUUAAACCAACCAUUCUUUAUUAAACCAACCAUACAUUAUUAAACCAACUAUUCUUUAUUAAACCAACCAUUCUUUAUUAAACCAACCAUACUUUAUUAAACCAACCAUUCUUUAUUAAACCAACCAACCAUUCUUUAUUAAACCAACCAACCAUUCUUUAUUAAACCAACCAUUCUUUAUUAAACCAACCAUUCUUUAUUAAACCAACCAUCCUUUAUUAAACCAACCAGUCUUUAUUAAACCAACCAUUCUUUAUUAAACCAACCAUUCUUUAUUAAACCAACCAUUCUUUAUUACACCAACUAUUCUUUAUUAAACCAACCAUUCUUUAUUAAACCAAUCAUCCUUUUUUAAACCAACCAUUCUUUAUUAAACCAACCAUUCUUUAUUAAACCAACCAUUCUUUAUUACACCAACCAUUCUUUAUUACAGUUUUUCUCAGUCGCUUUGGUGCAUUUCUUAGAUCAAAAGUGCAAUUCUUGAUACUACUUGUACAAAUUCCAAAUCAUCUAGUCACUUGUGCACAUCAUUAAAGCAAUUUCUCAUUCCUUUGAACAAAUUGCA